AUGCAGCUAUUAAAUUUGUUGUUCGCGCUAUUACUCUCGGCAUCUUCGACACAGGCGUUCUGGUGGUCCACUAAUCAGAGCAGUGACCCUCCAGUGGCCAGCAAACAGGUGCAGUAUGUUCGCGCCUUCACUUACCAACCGGUAGCGUUUCCGGCUCACUCGUUGUUAGCCCCACCGUCGCCGUACAAAUUCAUCCAAGCCAGUCCAGCUGCCAUCAUGCCGACAGCCAAGCAAGUGGCCCCGGUACAGCCCACGAGCCAGCCAGUUCCUCAGCAACCGGUGCCACCCCAGAGUGCUAGCCCGUUCAGCAGCUUCUUUGGGAGUGCCUUCGGAGGAAUGGGCCAGUCAUUUGGCAGUGGCUCUGCUACGGGGCAUCCAAACUCGGUCUCCGUCGGCGGAUCGGUACCGGCGUACCAGCCCCAGCACCAGCAACAGCACCCGCAGGUCCAACAGGUCCAGCAGGUCCAGCAGGCUCAACAGCAGCAACAGCAGCAGCAACAACAGCAGGUGGUCCAAGCUCCGUCACCGUCGAUGUCUUCGGUGAAUCCGUCACAGAGCGAUGUGUCAGGUCCCGGCUCCCCGGGAGUCGGCUUCUACGGACAGCAACACCCGAGUAAAUACCCCUACUUCACGAUGGACCAGGUGCAGUAUCUCUCCAGCUUGCCGGCCAGUGCACCGCACACGCCACAGGUUCAGUUCGUGCCCUGCAUGUGCCCCAUCGCAGUCAACGUGCAGAGUCAUGCGGAGCUCGCCGACAAGCGGCUAGAUGAGACGACCACGACUGACUCGGAAGUGGUCGUGCCGAGCGCGGAAAGUGAAAAGUGA